AUGCUGAAAUGGUGGAAUUGGCUGUUGGCGUUCUCUCUAUGUUGUUUAUUGUUCGUUGUUUUGCCAUUAAUGUUAUCGAGUGAGCCAUCUGAAGAAACAUUAAAGCCGAUAUUCGAUGAUUAUAUCCAAAAAUAUAAUAAAAGUUACGCUAAUCUACAGGAAUAUUCCACGAGAUUUCAACAUUUUGUGUCAUCAUACCGGGAAAUACAGAAACUGAACGCAGCGUCCAGAGAUUCAGGUAGUUCUGGAGCCAAAUAUGGAUUAACAAAGCUGUCAGAUAUGUCACAGUCUGAAUUCAAAGAGAUACAUCUAUCAGACGAAAAAGUCUCAAAGGCUCCUAAGUCGUACAACAAGAAUUGGAAUCAUGGCAGGGAAAUGAGUGAUACUUUAAGAUAUGAUAUGGAUCCUGGAAAUAGUACUCAUCACAAGGAUAGGUCUGGUGGUAAUAAGGCUAAUGUUAACCUCUAUAUAAACAUCAGGACGAAACGUGUGGCGUUACCUAUGACAGUAGACUGGAGAACAAAAGGAAUAAUAGGUCCUGUGCGUAAUCAGGGCCUCUGCGGUGCCUGUUGGGCAUUCAGUACCAUUGGAGUUAUAGAAGCUAUGUCAGCUAUUGAAACCGGAAAACUUGAAACACUCAGUGUACAGGAAGUCAUCGACUGUGCAAAACUUGGUAACAAAGGUUGCGCAGGUGGUGACAUCUGCUUACUUCUAGACUGGUUGCUUACCAGCAGCACAGGUGUAGGAAUAGAUAAGGAAUAUCCACUCAGUCUUACUAAUGGAGUCUGUAAGGCAAACAAGACUACUGCAGGCGUCAAAGUGGCUUCUUUUACUUGUGACGAUUUCGUGGGUUCAGAAAACAAGAUAUUAGAAGCGUUGGCAAUACACGGUCCAGUAGCUGUGGCGGUCAACGCUCUCACUUGGCAGCACUACCUCGGAGGAGUCAUACAAUUCCACUGCAGUGGUUCACCAGCGGAGUUAAAUCAUGCUGUAGAGUUGGUGGGGUACGAUCUGACAGCUGAAGUUCCAUAUUAUAUCGCCAAAAACUCCUGGGGCAAGGACUUCGGCAACGGUGGCUACAUCUACUUGGCCAUCGGCUCCAAUAUAUGUGGGUUGGCGAACGAAGUGGCUACGGUAGUUGUGAUACCCACCUCGUGUAGUGUGGACGUACCUACGCCUUAUCAAUUGAUUACAGAAAUGGUGAAGUUAAUCGUAGAAGAUUUUGGUGUUCACCAAGAGAAGAAGGUCAAAAAGUUCACGUGGACCUUAGCUAAUGGAUUUUCAUUGUCUGCAAUAUCUUACGGAGCUAUUGUUCAAGCUAUAAAAGUUCCCGACAGAUACGGUAUUCGAAAAGACGUGGUUUUAGGCUUCGACGAUUUGGACAGCUACGUUUCCAGGAACACUCCAUACCUCGGAGUCGCAGUCGGAAGAUGCGCUAACCGUAUUGGUCAUGCGUCUUUUGAGAUAGAUGGAAAUACUUAUGGACUUGCCAAAAAUGUUGCUAAAGAACAUCAUUUACACGGAGGCCUUGUUGGUUUUGAUAAAAUGGUCUGGGAAAGUACCGUAGAUCAAAGCAAGGUGAUCUUCAGCUACUUAUCCAAGGAUAGCGAAGAAGGCUACCCAGGAGACUUGCUCACGAAUAUAACCUACGAAGUGACUGAUGACGGAUGCUUUCACGUCGAGUUCAUCGCAACGACUACUAAGAAGACAGUGGUCAAUUUGACAAACCAUUCCUAUUUCAACUUGGCUGGACACGACGCAGGAUCUGAGGAAUUGUAUAACCAUCUCGUCUAUAUUAAUGCUGAUAGAAUCACGGAAACUAACUCCGACUCGAUACCUACGGGCAACUUCAUAAACGUACAAGGCACUCCGUUUGACUUUACGAAGGAGAAACGAUUAGGAGACUCCAUGUCUGGCAACUUGUUCGAUGACAACUUCUGCGUUAAUCUUGGGAAAGAGGAUUUGACACUUGUAUCACGCGUCACCCACUCAUUGUCGGGCCGCGUGUUAGAAGUGUACAGUGACCAGCCUGGGGUUCAGUUCUACACAGCGAAUUUUCUCCCACUACCUAGCGAAGAAGCUUUGGUGGGAAAAGACUCCGUUGGCUACAGAAGGCAUGGAGCGUUUUGUCUUGAGACCCAGAAGUAUCCUGAUGCAGUCCAUCACAAGAACUUCCCCAGCGCCAUUUUAGUCCCGGGGCAGAUUUAUAGGCAUAGAGUGAUGUAUAAGUUUUCAGACAAAGGUACUGUCGAGCCCGUAGUUGCUUCGGCUUAA